AUGGAGCAAGUGGCUCAGAGAAGACUAACACGAGCUCUUGCUCCUCCCGCAAAGAGGGCGAGGAUCUUCGAGGAUAGCCCAGCGCCAAGCUCCCCGAUUGUCCCAAUGCCAAUUUCUCCAAUUGUGCACUCUCUGAGUUCUCCAAUUUUCCAUGAGCCAAGUUCUUUUGCUACGACCAUGGGUCUACCCAGUGUUGAUGAAGCAACGGUUGGAGUGGUGUCCAUUAAUCCCGAGACAAGACCCGUUUGGCACAGGUCUCCUCAUAGAG